AUGGGCUUCAUCGACUUCCUCAAAGAGAUCCUCCGCCCGGGAAACGGGAUCGACUACCCCCAGAAGGGCGACAUGGUCACCGUCCACUACCACGGGUAUCUGCAUGAUCCGACGCGGUCGUGGGGAAGGGGAAGGCGGUUCGACAGCAGCAUCAAGCGCGGAUAUCCCUUCACUUUCCAGAUCGGGAUGGGGACGGUAAUCAAGGGCUGGGAGGUCGGGGUGCUCGGGAUGAGUCUGGGAGAGAAAGCGCUGCUGACGUUCGGACCGCAAUAUGGGUACGGGGAGAAGGGCGCUCCGCCAUUUAUCCCCGGGAAUGCGAAUCUGGUCUUCACGGUGGAAUUGUUGGCGAUUAAUGGACGGGGCCUGGAUUCCAACAGUGAUUCGGAGUGAAACGGCCCUUGUAGGCUUAGAC